AGAUAAUCCCGACGGGCCUCGUGCUCCUACUAACUUGCAAGCAGGGCAGAGCGCCAGUCACAAUCUGCCCAAGGCGAGGGAGGGCAAGAAAGACGCGCGAGAGGAAACCGACCGUACGAAAGGGACACGAGCGCUCCGGUCUCAACGAGCACAGUUAGAGAAGUGUUGUUGAACGUGGGCUAUGCGCGCAACAAGGGGGGAGCGCAGUGUACAGAGGAGGUGAAUGCAUGUAGAAGCUUCAGAUUCACAGCCUCCUUCUUGAAGAGUCACUGCACUGACAGAGGAAAGGAGUGAAGAAGGAGAGGAACUCCUUGGAAACAGCAACUCUUGGAGAGAACUACGCGAGAACACGCUACAGUUUCCAAAACAAAAGCUAGGAUAAAGGAUAAGGAUAAAGGAAGCGCGGAAGAGUAGACUUUUCCUGGUCAAAACCUGCUCUGGAAGAGAAAAUGAAUGUCAGCGAAGAGAAUCUGCUCAAGUCCAUCAGCAACGACGCGCUCCUCGACCUGACGCAGCGCUACGGGCAGUCAGCCUUCGGGUUUGGCGCUGGCCAUGGUGCUGGAAGUCCCGGCCGGUACCCGCUUACACCUGCCACCGAUUUCCUCUCCGGGCAGACCGCGAAGUCCAACGAGAGCGGCGGGGAACACACAAGCGACGACGAGGAUGGCUUCGACUCGCUGGAGUCCCGGAAAAGGGGCUCGUCAUUUGGGGACGACAAGCCCGGAGGGGCCCUCGCCAAGAAGACCAAGGAGCAACGGUCCCUGCGGCUCAGCAUCAACGCCCGCGAGAGAAGGAGGAUGCACGACCUGAACGACGCGCUGGACGGCCUGCGCGCCGUUAUUCCCUACGCCCACAGCCCCUCGGUGAGAAAACUCUCCAAAAUAGCCACUCUCCUCCUGGCCAAGAACUACAUCCUCAUGCAGGCGCAGGCUCUGGAGGAGAUGAGGCGGCUGGUGGCGUAUCUGAACCAAGGACAGACCAUAACUUCACCGAUCCCCACCGCCCUGGCGCCCUUUGGACAGGCUGCCGUAUACCCCUUCUCGGGUUCUGCACUCGCCACCUGUGCCGAGAAGUGCACUACUUACUCUGGGGCACCGUCGAGUCUCUUCAAACACUGUAACGACAAGCCUUGAUUUGCUUUAACUCUCUUUCCUGAACUUUUAGCCUACCUAUACUGCACCCGUGUCGGUCUCUCACCCACUCUAGUUAUUUUAAAAUCAUUCUGUGGAAAAAGGAAAAAAAAAAAGAAACGAUUUUAGUCUAAUGCAUAAUCUUAAGAUAUGGUUAAGUGAGCAUAUUGCAAUGUUUCAUCCAGAUUUAACUGACGCUACAUAGAAACUGAACUGCUUAGGCCUUCUUUUAGGAUGACGUCCCUGUUACUUUGUCGCUUGUACUUUACAAACACUUACAGGCCAUGUCCAAAUUUGGGUAAAUUUGAGAAAGCUUUUGUUAUCAGCUCAUUUGUAAUCUAUGCAACAUUCAGUAACAACAACACGAAACCAGGAAACGCGACCUAAUGCCACAACAUUUAGAUUUGAAACCGCAAUUAAGGCUUCCCCUGACUGACUAUAUGAUGCUAUGUAGGAGGGAAAAAACACAACCUUAUGUGAUUCUGACUGAUAUUUUCUGAUACCAUGUGUUGACAGGUUUGUUCUUAUUUUACGUUACUGCACAUCUCUCAUGAUUGUAUUGUACAACUUUAAAAAAAAAUCACUUGCUUCAAGCCCGGUUAUCUUAAUGGUUAUAUGACUACAGCCUAUCAACUGAAGAAGCGUUUUGGUUGUGUUGCAACAUGGAUUUCAUAUAUUGUUUAUAUGUCUUUAUAAUUAAAACACAUAUCUAUGCUCGGA